GAAAGGGGUUGGUGGUAAAUCAAAUUAAGGGGUGCGCUUUUGACGAAGGAGUGCCCACUUUGUUCGGGGUUGUUGUAUGCCGUAAUUAAAGGAAAACAGAGUGCGGUUUUGUGUGCGUUGGAUCGAUCGAGAAAAAGGAAAGUUCGAAGAGGCGCCGUGACCCGCCGGAACGUCCGGAACCCACACUGGGAUUCCCACCCUACCCCGGUCACCUCUGUCCGUGGGCCCAGUGUCUUUCGUCUUUCGUCCCCGAGCUCUUCUUCUCGGAAAGAUCGUCCCAAGCCAACUCCACUCUCCCAUCUGCCGCUACCGCUAGUGUCCAGCCUCGGUCGCAUCCGGAACAGCGCAAGUCGUCCCCCUGGCGCACGGUUCGCCCCGGAAGUCUUUCAACAUUCCGCUUUUCCAAUUAAAUGUUAUGCCGGCCGCGACCAUGUUUUCCAAGUUCAAAAGCAGCAGUACGAGCGCGCCGCCGCCCAACCCCUACGACAACAAUCCGAUCACGCAGUACUUUGAGAUUGGCAAGCAGAUCGCCUGUGCGGGCCCGGAACUAGUGUGGAAGAUCCACGAGGGCUACCGGAAGACGGACGGGAAGGAAUGUUCAAUAUUCGUGUUCGAGAAACGUACCGCAGAAAAGCUACACAAACCAAAGCGAAAAGACAUGGUGACGGAAAUUCUGCGGGCAUCGGUCAAACAGCUGGAACGAUUUCGGCACCCCAAGAUUCUGCAGAUAAUGCACACCGUCGAGGAAAGUUCGGAGACCCUUUCGUUCGCCACCGAGCCCGUCAUCGCCAGUUUAGCGAACGUCUUAGCAUAUCAGGAAAGCGCCGGGACCGUACCGGGACCCCCGAGCACCGGUGCCUCCCAGCAGUUACAGAACAGUUCCCCGGCGAACCGACCAGCCCACGCCAAGGAGUACAACUUCCUCGACAUUGAGCUCAAGUAUGGAAUUCUGCAGAUCACGGAAGCCCUCUCGUUCCUGCACUACUCCGGCCAAGUGAUACACCGGAACGUGUGUCCCUCGUCGAUUCUGAUCACCAAGAAGGGCACCUGGAAGCUGGCCGGAUUCGAGUUUACCGAACGGGUCAACGAGCAGGACUCUACGGAUCCAGUGCCCUGCCAGCCCUGGUCGACGCGAACGUCCAAGAUGGUGCAACCGAACCUGGACUACAUGGCUCCCGAGAAUCAAAUUAACGCCAACUGCAGCAUACUGAGCGAUAUGUUCUCCCUUGGAAUGGUGAUAUGUGCCAUCUUCAACCACGGGAGACCGUUGAUACAGUCCGGAAAUUCACCGCCUGCGUACAUCAAACAAACGGAAAUGCUCGACGAAGCCGUGCACAAUAUGCUGCCCCGGAUACCGAUCCCGCUGCAGGAGGCGGUCACUCGGUUGCUGAAAAAGUCCCCCGUAGCCCGGCCCACGGCCCAGCUGCUGACACUCAUCAAAUACUUCAGCGAUCCUGCGGUCCAAGCGCUCCAGUUUCUGGACGUCAUCAACAUGAAGGAUCCCACGCAGAAGACCCACUUCUAUCGGAGUACGCUGCGAGAGGUGCUGCCCUUUCUGCCACGGAAACUCUGGUGGCAACACAUCUGGCCCAAUCUCCAGCAGGAAAUGCGUGCUGAUGAAGUCCUGGCCGCCGUCCUGCAGCCCGCCCUCACCCUGGUCCAGGAAUCAUCGAACACCGAAUACGAAGCAAUCAUUUUACCAACGUUUAAGACUGUUUUUGUAGCUCCCAAAUCCAUCCAGGCGACCGUUGCGUUACUGGAGAACCUGCACAUAAUCCUGGAGAAAACACCCCGGGACGACAUCAGGACGGAAGUGCUUCCGUUGCUGUUCAACGCGCUCGAAAGUACAACGAUACAGGUGCAGAGUGCCGCCCUCGUGGCCGUCACGAACGUGUACGACUACCUGGACGACAUCACGAUCAAGAAGCUGGUGCUGCCGAAGCUCAAGGCGGUGUUCGAGAAGAACCAGAAUGAUCUCAAGAUCAUGGGCAACGUGCUGCAGUGCGUCGAGCGGACGCUGGACAAGCUAGACAAGUCGCAGAUUAUAGACGAAGUACUUCCUUUGCUGCUGGAAGUUAGGUUAACCGAUCCGGAUAUUAUUGUACGAGUUGUCAAUAUCUACCGGAUUAUGUUGUGUGAUAAAAAGUACGGUCUCACCGUGAACACCAUGGCCACGAAGGUGAUGCCCACCCUGCUGCCCCAGACUGUGAAUCCUUCGCUAAAUCUCGAACAAUUUAUGAUCCUGUUAGAGGUGCUCCAAGAGAUGCUGGACCAGAUCGACCGCCAGCAGCGGAACAAGCUGAAGCUGGACAACCUGUCGCUUCCGUCGCCGGACCGGCAUCGACCCCUACGUCACCAGUUCUCGUCGGACAACAUGAACGUGCAGCAGUUCAACAUCCCGAACUUGCGCAUCGACCAGCGUAAGACGUCCAGCGCCGAGGACAUGGCCCGGAAGAACUCGACAGGUACCCGAAGAGGUUCGGGUGCUCUAGGUAGCUGGUGGUUCGGCGGAUCGCCCUCGUCCCCCGACAGCAACUUCCUGCGGGUCGUCAACGCCUUCCCCAACCGGCGGCUGUCGGACAACACGCUCAUGACGCCCAAGAUCCGGAUCGCCCCGUCCUGCGCCUCGUCACCCGGUGGUACUCCUGGCGGUGGUCUGCCAAUAAGACGCCACUCGAGCAUUGGUCCCCAGGAGCGACGAAGUUCCAACAUCAAUCUCUCACCACCGACUGGUUUCAGCGCUCGGGGCGGCUCCGGGUCGAGCCUUUCAGUGCCUGCCACUUCCGCUUCUUACGUACUUUCACGGAGCAUGAUCGGCGGCUCGAUGCCAAAUACGUCGAGUAGCGUGCCGUUCCUGCUCUCGUCCAGCAUGCAGUCGAUCCGAAGCCGCCGAACCUCGACCGUGCUGUCCUCGGGUCCGCUCGGCUCCGGAUCCGGACUGCUCCAGCAGCUCGGUUCCGGCAUGUCGUCGAAGCUCGAAACGAAGCUGGCCAACAUUAAGCCACUGGAGCUGCUGACCUACUCGCCGGCGUCGCGACGCAGCAGUACGGCCACCGCCGCCGGCUUUCAGCGCAGCUUCCAGAAGAGCCAGAAGAAGGCGCUGAAGAAUCUGCGCAAGAGCUUCAAGCUCUGAAUCGCGGUGCGCCACGGUCCCAAGCGGUGCUCCUCCCCAAGCCUAAAAAUUGUGCGCCAACUUGAAGCCGCUGACCACGAGGUAGACUGGGAAGAGGACGGAGAAGUUGUGGAAGCAGGUGGGACCACGAUCUGGUCCUGGACGCUGGCGUACGGAGUGAUGCAAGAACUGGGGGAAUAUCUGAGGACCGUGCUGUGCUUCAACGGAUUGUGGGGGAAGAAUCGAUGCGACCGCUUGUACUAUGAACGUCGCCAAGAACAGCAAAGCUCAGCUUGUAGUGCCGUAUUCGUGUAAUUUUGUACUACUCCCGUUGCGCAAGCUACUCUCUUUGUGGAUGAUGGAUGUUGUUCGAAGCGAUUCGAAGCUUGACCAAACCAAACAUAGUAAAACCGCCAAUACGUGUCGUACAAUUAUUGCUAGUUGACAGAUUUUUGUAUCAUGCAAGCGACCAAAAAUUUGUAUUACCCUAAAACGAUAAACAGAACCAAGUAAGAGUCAGUAGUAGAACCCCCCCUUUACAUAGCGUAACCCGUAGAGCAGGUAGUUCCGCUUUUUCCGUAUUCUUUGAGUGCAGUUCUUGAAUUCUUCGAACUGAUCUAACCGCUAUACCGCCUCUACCUCCACAGCUUUCCACGAUACACGGUCACCGUUUUUUGAACGCACUGCUCAAACAAUUUCUACUAGAUGUGCUAUCACGGCUCACAAUACCACCACAAAACACUUCCUCACAUACUUCAGAACCGUUCUCUGGAGCUACCGCUCCACGAUCUAUU